CUCCGCAUAACGGAUUUAAACACAAACUGAAAUAUGUCGGUCAAACUGCUUCAAAAGCUAGCUGGAGUAAGUUUACUGUUAUUGCUUAUCGUCUUGAUUGCAGUGCUCUGUAUCGUGUGGACCAUGCCGGAUAACGAGCAAAUAGACGCUGAUACGGAGAUAUGUUUAAAAUAUGAUAACAAAAACAUGAAAUGCGGCAAAACAACAAGUCUGUUGCAUGAAAUAUUUGAAAAGGAAAUUUCAUCUGCAUAUGCUGCAGCUGAGAAACGGGAAAAAAUUCAAACCGAAAAAUACAUACAAGAUGCUCUUAAACACGACGUACAAUUGAUGACAGACUACAAAAACACAUUAUUGGACAUGAAGCCAUCUGCAAAACUAGUUGGCAAUCGUGAAGAACAAGACCCUGAUCCAGGUAAUAAUGCAAUGACAACGGUCACAAGUUGGCGUCACGACAAAGACCUUUAUUACACAACGGGGUUUCAGAGAUACGGAAUUAGGUACCAAAAUGGCCGAUUAAUUGUCCCUGUAAGCGGUACUUACUACAUAUACUCGUUUCUAGGACUUACAGAACGACGUCUUACUGACGAAGGAAUUCCUGUAGAAUCAAACAAAACGCAAGAAAUUAAACAUGCAUUGCACAAGUAUAACGUUCUUGAUACCGUUGAUACUGAAAUCGCGUCAAAUAUGCAGUCUCGCAAAAACGCUUCACGAGGUUACUUUAAUUAUUACGCGAGUCAAAUAGCCACGUUGGUGAAACUUCGCGCCGGUGAUGAAAUAUCAGUGAAGCUAAGCGACGUGAAACUUUUAAAGCAUACUGGAAAUAACUACUUUGGCCUGCAUCUGAUAUGACAUCUCCGGCACUGGGGCAGCGUUCUCGUCGCGUCGGAGGGAUGGAAGUACCAACAAAUGCCCCAAUAUAAAAGAAUCAAAACAACAACAACAAAAUAAAACAAAUUCGAAUUCAGCAAACAGAAGUGGAACCCAGCAUUAUCCAAGCUUCCAGUCCCUUAAUUUUAAUUAUGAACAACUAACACGUCCUAAUUCCAUAAUAUCAAUUACAACGCCAUGCUAUGUGAUGAUGUUACCAGUGCUGCAGUUUGAUGCAAUUCGAGGCGAAAGGAUCGGACAUCUCAAUAUGCUUGCUUUUCAUUAUAAACGUUACUGUUUAAACUCGUUUCAAUUGAUGUCGUCAUUCAUUUUUUGAUUAUGUUUAUGUGUCACGUGUAACGUGUUUGGUCAACUGUAUGCUUAUCAAACUGUAGGCUUAUAACUAUAUUUGCAUAGCUCGCUGCUGUGUGUAUCUUGAAUAUAAUGAGAUUAAAACUCUUCAGUAAAUGUUUAAUUGAUAGAUCAUGAAAUAAAAUGGCAUUUAAAUUAU